AUGGACAAAAUCAAGUUCUACCAGCCCGGAUCCCGGCGGUACAGCCGUUCGUCAUAUACACGUGAAGUCAACCCCGUUUCCAAGUCAGUUCUCCCUGGGCCAUGCCAGCAGCGCGAGCGAGAUCACUUGCAAGUGCAAAGCGCCGCCCCAAUCGCCCGCACAUAUCAACAAAAGGAUUCUCUUGUGAAACCUCCAAGCAUGCAAACCCCCGAAAUUUCCGCGAACGACCCACGAUUCUUUACUCUGGAAGAGGGGGCGACGUGGAACGUGGACCACAGAAAUACAGCCCAUGAUGAUGACCCUCUUUGCAGUCUUUUUUACGACAACAACGACGAGCCCGGUACUGAUAUGCGAGCUAUAACCACCCCAGUUACUCAGCAGAACCGUGAAACGCCCAGCGAUGAGGCUUUGGUUGCAGAACAGAGCCCUGGUUACGAGAUACCAGAAACUCAGGCUCCCCGCACAAUAGACAGCCAAGACGAAUCCCUCGCUGUUGAUGUUGACAACACUUCGCACCUGAGUCUUGACAAUAUAAUCCCGGCUGUGUCGCGACCCGCGUCACCUGCGCAGCAUUCAACUCAAGACCUGGACGCAGGUGGCAUGACCGAACGCGAAGGCAGGUCCGAUGGAGAAAGUUGUGAUCUCCCGCACCUCCGCACAUAUGAAGCGUCCGGCGAAGCCGACAAGGGACCGGACACACUGAUCUUCAGGGCUGGCGACAGUAAGGGUAGGCUCCCCAAAAACCCCAGUACGUUUCCCGGAUUCUCACAGUUCAUAGAUACGCCUAUCACCAUCCAAGAUGAUGAUGAUAUGACAUCAAACACUUCCCAAUCGCUGCCUCUGGUGGAACGUUCUCGAAGUGACCUCACAUCCUACCGGGAGCCUGGAACCGCCCAUCCAACGGCUGCCCAGAUCAAACUUGAGGGCGCAGCCGAUGGCGGUUCGGUAACUCAAAACGCGGCUACCCGUAAGCGCAUAUUUUGUCCCCUACUAUCAUCUACCGAACCCAUUGAGGAGAUAGACCUUACCGGGCCUGUCGACACCACGCUACCACCCGCGAAGAGGCAACGGCCGCUCUUUGAUGCACAGUCUCAGCCAGCCACUAUUACGGGCGGCCCGUCCCGCCCCCAAACGCCAGAUCAGAGUUCCUACCAAGCAGAGGCUCCCUCCGCUACAUUUGUUGGUGCCGGUCCCCGUGAAAUGAGCCUGUCGGGAGACAGCCGCGAUAAAACCCAUCCGUCAACCCGUACUCCACCACCACCACCGACCAUGGUCAAGAGAAACGGAGCAAUGGUACCAGAAUGGUCUGUUGCUGCCAUCUCAAACUCGAGGAUCACAACAGAUCAAGAAGGCAAGCCACGUUUGGAGUACAAAGUGGUAUGGGAGGGUUACUCCGAUCCCUCAUGGGAACCAAAGGAGAAUGUGGUCCCCGGAUGCGAAGACUUGAUCAAUGACUUUCAUGUCCGCCAGCCCAAGCGACCAGGCAUAACCACACUGGUCGGAUAUAUGCGGUUUGGAAAUAGAAAGCCAGUCAUUCGAGGCAAGCAAACAGCUCUCAAGGGCCAAACUGAAAAAGGGCUCAAGGAGACAAGUCCGAGCUUGAUUUAG